UAUGAAAAAUUAUAUCCAUCUUUAUUUAUAAAUCUUAUGUAUUCCAGAUUAUGUUAUUCUAUCUUACGUUUGUAAUAUUCAUAUCGAGCGGAAGCGCUCUUAUGGGUUUCGACUGUGGUGGGCAACACCUAAAUGUAACCACAAUAUCGCUGCUUGACGUCGGGGAAUGCAAUCUCAACAUACGGAAGCCAAACACCACCCAAGUGUAUAUCCAACUCCUGCAACUCUCCGAGUACCGUCACGCUGAAAUCAUGCAAUGCAAGGUGGAAAUUUCACGAACCAUAUACAAAUGCGGAAUGUUUCAUCACAUUUCCAUUGUGAAUAAUGGACAAGCUGAUUAUGUCCAAGAAACCGGAUACGCCCAAUGUAAGAGACUGCUUCAAGACGGAACCAUCUCUAUGGGUGCAGAAAUCUAUUUACAUGGAAUACGAGUGAACCAAACUACAACCCGGAGCAUCACUCUUGCCGGAAGAAUCGACUCAGAUGGCAAGUGCCAUACCGUGCAGCAAUAUUCUGACCCUUACGGAACCUGGGAUGACGUAAUGGUCCAAGGUGUUGUCAAGAUCACUUUGAAGUCUUCUUACGUUCCCGUAAACCUGGACGCGGGGAAAAUAAUGCUGAAAUCGGGGACGGUGUGUCCACUGAAGGACGGAUUCUGCAUUGAUUCCGAAGACGGGUACACUUAUUGGAAACCCGUCCCAGUAACGACUUGCGAUUUCCAUCAGUAUGAUGUCCUAUAUGAAGGUACAGCCUCUAAAACUCAAGAGGACAUCGACGACUUGUCGUCACCUGUAAUAUAUAGCCUGGUUGCACAAGAUAUAACCUUCGCAUUAACUAAAACCAAGGAACUGCAACUGUGCGGAUACACCCUCUUUCGCACAGAACACCCUAAGCUGUUCAUACUUGAAACUAGGAGAGGAGACGCUCCUCUCCGCCGCGAACAAAUCGCCAUGGAAAACUUAGACAUCUUCACGUACAUGAACUCCAAAUUCGUGUAUGUCGAAAAACAUCUACGUCAGCAAAUGGUGACGCUGUAUCACAAUGUCAUGCAGCAAAAAUGCGAGUUAGAAAGGCAAGUCAUCACCAAUACCUUAUCUUUCGCUACUCUACAACCUGACGAGUUCGCCUACCGACUCAUGAAAGGCCCCGGAUAUAUGGCAGUCAUGUCAGGAGAAGCCAUUUUUGUUAUUAAAUGUAUACCAGUCGAUGUCAAGAUAAGGCAUACCAAAGAAUGCUACAACGAAUUGCCAGUAACUCUUCACAAUAAAACGUUCUUCCUGACUCCAAAGUCUCGAAUAAUCACCAAAUAUGGAGUCCAGAAGGAAUGCGACCACAAAUUACCUACGCUAUAUCGUGUCGACAACAUGUGGGUCCAGUUUACGCCUGAUCCACAGGAACGUCAGAUACCUCCUCAACAGUUACAGCCGAUGACCAAACUCACAUGGAAGUAUUUAACACCUGCUCCUCUUGCUGACAGCGGAAUCUAUUCCAAAAAAGACAUCGAGAGAAUCAGAGAACACAUUAUGUUUCCUGCAGAGAAACCAGCUCUUCUUAACACUAUCGCUAGAGGACUUGUCGGACAUACAUUCGACUCCAACAGCGUCUCAGUAUCCAAUUUAUUGGAUGAAGCGUCUCUCAACAAAAUCGUUGAGAGCGCAACUUCCAGAAUCUGGAAAGGAUUCCUAACAUUUGGAUCCGCCACCGCCGGAAUUUUCGGCAUAUUCCUGAUCAUCCGCAUCAUAAAGCUUAUUAUUGACACUGCUAUCCAUGGAUAUGCCCUCCAUACCGUCUACGGAUGCAGCAUGCACCUCCUUGGAGCUAUAUGGAGCUCUCUAACGCACCUGCUACUCCACCUGGCUCACGGACCGCCCAAAAAACUUGAAAACCAACAGCGUGACACGACUCAGGAGCAACUCCUUGAAGCAACCCAUCCCCAGGAACUUCCCACGUCAAUACAACCCACACCAGGCCCCAUGUACAACUGGAAAGGUUACAGCGAUAAUGUGCCAACUGCACCUAACUCUAAGUACAAUACGUAUACCUAUAAAAAUCUGUCAGAACGCCUAGAUAUGGUAGAACAAAUUCCUCCGAAUACAUCGGAAUUUGUUCAAAAAUAGGGGGGAGAUGUGACGUCCCGUCGUCCCAACCCCUCCCCUUUUUCUUUUUUUUCCUAUUUCUAUAUUUUUACUUAUAUUUAUCCUCUAUUAACCCCAUGGCUUUCCCUGAUACUUAUGUAUACCCGCAAAAUAAGAAUUAAGGUCCAUUUGAAUGUGACAAAGUACAGACUACUAGAGUAGUAUUGAACUGACUCAGCAUGACAAUCUGAGCAGACCUAAGACCCCAGAUGCUUAUUCUUGAAUCAUACUCGGGGAGCCAUCUAGCGUACUAGAAGUAAACUAACACGCGAUUCAGUCCUAUAUAUUAUUGAUACCUUUUCAAUUUCACUACUCACGCUUAUUUUAAAAUUCUGAAUGACUGCUUUUCGCAAUUAUGAUGGUUAUAUCAAGCUUAAUAUUGUUUAUGGGAAAAUUAAAAUUAUUCACGAGAUAUAAUCAUUUAAGGGUCUUACUCGAGACUACAUAAGCAAAAUAUUAAUUAACGAAUGAAAAUCGUUAUUAAAUAAAUUAAUCUUACUAAUCUUACCAAACUAAAAUAACUACUCUGAGGUUUAUUAUACCAACUCUUCGUGAACCUAACUAUUAAUUAUCUAAUUGGUUAUUGCUAAUAAACAAUUAGAUCUUAUAAAACUAAAGAUACAACUAGUAGACAAAUUACUGCGCCGACCCUGUGCAAAUAAGAAUUAUGUUUUAUUAAAUAAGAAUUGCAUUUUAUUAAUUAACUCAUUAUUCUAUUAAGUUUUAAAAGAUAUUGCACCAGCCUUAAACAAUAAAAGUCAUUGUUAUAAUCAAUCUAACUAUGAAACAUUGAAAUCUUAUAAAACUUUAUCCUUUUCUGACGUAAAAGGUCUCACUCAAAAUAAAUCUUGAUUAGCUCUAUGGUCUAUGAAUGCAAUUAUCACAGAUAUAAUUAAUUAAAUAACAAUCACUUUUACUAUACUAUCCUGCGAAUCUUAUAUUAAUACUGAAACUCUACUAUAAGUUAAGAACAAAUUUUAAGGCUUCUGCAAAAUAUUCGACAAGGCAUAUAAAAUUGUUAAGGCGCAUACAAUUGUGAAUAUUAAUUAAGGAUAAUUUUAAUCGGCCGAAACGUAAUUAAUAAUAUGUAUCGGCACAUAUUGCUUAUAAAUCGGCAUUACUCUUGAAGCCUGAGAAAUAGUAACUAUUUGAGAAAUCAUCCGCGCCAAUUUGAAACAUGGUCAAUCCCAAAAUCAUAUUGAAGCAGAUUCCAUUAAUAAGACUCGAGAGAAUUAAAUAAUAUUUUCUAUUAAAAGGCUUCCAAGAACAAGAUGCUGCACCGCGACAGGUGAUGCAAUCGAUGAUACAUACUUUAACAUUGAAAAAUCUGACAUCGAGACUGUUUAGACUAUCUGAUAACUUUGAUAUCGAUAUGCCGCCGAUUUCACCCUACUCAUCUAUGCAUCGGAACUAGGGCAACCGAUGCAGGCGCGGGGGCGGGUAAUUAAUAUGCAUUAUAAUAUAAAAGACAGUACCUUAUCCCGGCGCGACACUCUCCAGUAUCGUUACAGUAACAUCUCCGUAACAGUUUCAAGUAAUCGCGAUAUUUCGGAAAAGAAUUUCGGUGAUAGUUCGGAAUUCCACAAGGAGCAAGGUUCCGGCGAUCUGUCGGAAUCCGAAAAAGGGAAAACAAGAUCUUAGAUUGUGGCCCUUGCGGACCCAGAGUCAUCCGUAAGUACCAGCAGUCUCAUUUAAAUUAAAAGUUAUUAUUGUUAGUGUGACUUUAUAUUGUCUUGCGAAUUUAUUGCGUGAACCUCAUAUGUGAUUAUAUAUAUAUAUAUAUGUGUAGAACUUAUAUCUCAGUGAUUGAUCAAGUUAUCUGUGCGAAUCAGAAAUAAUCUUAAAUUUUGUGAAGUUCAGAACCUUUCAACUAAAAGAUAGUAAUUAAUCAUGCCCAGCUUGAAUUUAACAACAAAACUAUUAAGGUAUGAUUAAUUACACACCGUCUAGAAUAUUCAAAUUUUGAGAGUUAGCAAAAUUGACGACUAUUAAGUGAUACAGUAUUAUUCUGAUAUGAACAAGAGAAAUAAUCAAUUCUAUACGAUCUUGAUCGAUCAUACCCAUUGUGAAUUAUUAUUUCGUCGCACGCACUUGCGAACUGUCUUAUCGUACGUUCUUGUGAAUUUCUUGUUUUGCCCAUUAUUUGUGAAUCUCUAUUUCUUUUGUAGACGCUGAACAUUAUUAUUAUUCUGUUAUGCAUUGAAUAUUUUAGUGGUCUGUAAAUCGUGAAUUAUUGCUGGUUGUCUUAUUAUACUAACCUUAUCGAGAAGACGAACAAUGAUGAUGAAUUAAUUAUUACUCGUGCGCGAUACCUCGUAAAAUUAUUAAUUAUCUUGACGAUACUAAAUUUCUUUGCGAAUUAUUAAUUUAGAGAACCAAUCAUUCCGGUAAUAUUAAAUAUUGUUGUAAUUUAUGAUGUUGAAUAAUUUCUGUUCCAGAAAUUAUUGUAAAUAAUUAUGCUAAACGUUUUUAUGAAAUUAUUACUCAUCUCGUUAAUAUAUUAUAUUGAAUAUUUUCGGAAUCUAAUUGUUCAAAUAAUAUUGAAUAUUUUCCCUAAAUUAGUACAUUAAAUAUUUCACUGAGUCAUUACUCGUCUUAUUAAUAUAGAAUAUUAAAUAUUUUCGUGCUUUGGUAGCUCGACCCUAUCUUGAACUUAUCGUUUAAUUACUCUUGCGAAUCUAUUAUUCCUGUAGCAUCGAAUUUAUCCAAAUUAUUAUACCCAAAAUAUUGUUAAAAUUAUUGUUACUUAAACAAUAUUUCCCUGCGAAUUACUAGUAUGAUAAUUAUCUAAAAUUUAUUGUAACUUUAUAGUACAAUUAUUAUAAAUUGUUUAACCUUAUUGAAUACCAUUACAAAUAAUUAUUUUGAAUAAUUCUUGUGAACCUCUUAAUCUUCAUCAAAUUAAACGUUACUCUGAUUCUAUUUCGUUGAAUUAUUACUACCGAAUGUCCCCGUAUAUCACCAUUUAGAAUAUCAUUCCGAAUUCAACACAUUAAUGGCAACAUCUUUAACCAUUAAUUAUUCAACAUCUUUUCCGCAUCCCUGCCAUUAUUCAACCUGAGUCCCUCUUAGUCCCCAAUAAAUUCGUAUUGCUUGAAUUUUCCUGCAACCUUGUUUGAACGCUCUUUAUCGUCCGACGUAGAUAAACAUACCCAAUAGCCAUACUAUUUGUCUUAAAGAUUUCGCAACUGUGGUAGUAACGGAAAACAGGCCAACGUCCGAACGCGAGACAAAAAGCCUUGUGUCCGUGGUCUAUGCAGGUCCUCAGGUUUGCAUGUGCUGAGAGACCCCGGUAGAAACGCAUCCGCCUAUAACCGAAUAGUUGCUUGCGGCGAGCGUAGAUCGGCAUAGACAAAGUUGUGAAUCCUUUCUUCUGCUAAUAGUAUGGGCUUACGCGAAUAAUAACAACUAUUAAGAGCAAGACAUAAAAGUCCUUCCGUCUCCUUCCCCUACAAAACACUAAAUCAUUCAAUUUUAUCUCUCCUUAGGACAGCAAGCUCAUCUAUCAUCCUAACUUUAGUCAAGACAGGGUAAGGUUUCGACUAUCCUUAUUCAAAUCCAAGUCCAUUCACGAAGUUCCUCAUUUCUUCAUUUAUGUAGAUGACGCCACCAGCAGACUACACGCGGAGGAGGCGCUUUUUCCGCCGCUACGAGCAAUACGUGGGGGCGCGCUCGCGCAUUCUACGCCUAAUCCGUUCCAUAGAUUUAGAUGUUCCCCACUUAUUCAAUCUAACUCACCAAGCCGCUCAAAUUCAAAUAGCAUUAAACUCAAGUACGAGAGCCUGCUUCGGGUUAACCCCCGUGGAGGUGAAUGAGCGCCAGGCCACCAACCCCCAGCCCACCCCCCAAACCUCAGACGCCAGCACCUCAACAGACGACCUUCCCUUCAUCGAUUACUCCCCCCUUGAAGCCCUUUCACCCCUAACGCCGAAUGACUUCGACGACCUAAUAGGCUCCCUUGUAAACCCCGACCCUAUCACGGAAUAGCAUCGCACAUGUACCCCCCCCCCCGCUUUUCUUCAUUCCCCUUUUAUUAUAAUUUGUUCCCCCUUUGGUAGUAAACAAUAAAGAAAGUAGCAGUAUAAAACAAGAGUAAUUGCCUAAAAGUCAUUCUAUUCGCCUACGCACUAAUCCUCCUAUACCGAUCCUAGCUCUCGACAUCCCGAGGUAUUGCCGGCCCAGCAGGUAGCCUCAAAAGCAUAGAGAGCGCCACUAUUUUCAGCGACUUAGGUACGCCGGAAGUAGGAAGGUCCGUCCUCCGGGACGUGACAAUAUGCUGUGCUGUGCUGUGCUGUUGUGUGUUCUUGCGUCUUCCGAUUUCGGUGACAGUGUUGCACGUGUUAUUUCAUUUUCGUGCGACACGAUGGCCACGCAACGUACGCUUCCUCAAAGUAAAGAAGCGUUAUUGAAAUCGUACACAACGAGAUUAAAAGACGAUGUGAAAUCCAUGCUGGAAAACUUUGAAGAGAUAAUUAAACUUGCAAAA